AUGGGCAGUCGAAUCCAGCGCGUUAACCCUGAUGUAGAAUACGACCCAGACCUGUCCACCCUAUCUGUUUCUCCGGCUAAGGGCAUUUUGCUUCACCAAUUCACCGGGAGCUUGGGUGCGCCGCCGCCUGCGGUGACAUCAACGGGAGAUUCUACGAGGCCGUUUGGAGUGGAGGGAGAUACGUUUGUCGGUUUGAUUGCCGUCUCUUAUGAUUCAUCUAUUCCAGAGGCCAGAGUGGAAGGACAGCAACCUGGUUUUGUGACUCGGGGACUAAUCGUCGUUCAUCCACAGUUGCAACAUGCAAUUCAAUACCUGUCAGCAGCAAUAAGUCAGUUGGGUUCACCGUCAAGAACUGCCAGAGUCAGCAGACAAAGUGCACAGGUUAAGGUCCAAGCGUCCGUUGCGUCUUCGUCUUCGUCCUCAUCCGCUUCGUCAUCUGAGACGACCAGCAGCUCAAGUACGAGCACGAGUACGAGCACCACCACCGCUGCCUCGACGUCUACCUCAAGUUCGAGCACAAGUACCAGUUCAAGCACGAGUAUCACAAGCACAGACACAAUCACCAGUUUUAGCACCAGCACCAGUACCGCGGCCGUGGCUCACACGACGAUGUUCGAGGAUCAGUUUGUCUUGAUUUGUGAUCUAUAG